UUUUUGGCUCACUUUGGCGGCAAAACUCGGAGUGACAGUUUACUUUUUUAUUGUUUUUUAAUCACAGCUAAGGUUAAAAAAGUGACCAAGGAGGUUUAGUUUUUGUACAAUGUUAAAAACUUUAUGAUAAUUAACAACAAGUGAUUUACAAAAUGAUUGUGAAACUGUGUUUUUUCCUGUUCCUGCUUAAAUACGGGUCAUGUUCCAUCAUCAUCCCGGAGGAGUUGCCCUCGCUGCUAUCAGUGGCAUACUCCAACAUCCCUCCUAUAAAGAAAGGCACAGACUCCCGAGUCGGUUUUGGCUUUGCGUUCGGGAACCAUGCUGACUUCCAAGUUAUGCUGGAGCUAGGACCUCAGACCAACACCAAGAAUCUCACGGGAACAGGCUUUUCUUCUUCAAACAGCAAGCGUCAAGCGCCAUCUCCAGUGCCACCGAAAAUUAAUAAAAAUAGAGAAAAGUACCUCCAAACGGACGCCAGUAAAUUCCUCCAAAACUGGGCACAGAAGAUGAAGUACCCGAAACCGGCGUCCCGUCCCGCGCCCCCUCGUCCCGGUGACGUCCCGAACUUGGAAGAAUCGGUUGUGGAACUGGUGAAGAAUGAGAAAGGGGAGUAUGAGAUUCACCAGCCUACCCCUGGGAAUUUGCCGAAGAAUAUACUGGAUGAUUUGAAGAGAUUAUAUGGAAUCAAAAAGGAAGAGGCAAAGAAAAUGGCAGAAAAGAAGAGAACUGAGGAAGAGGUUAAGAAGAUAACAGAAGACCUUUCAAACGUUGAUAUGGACUAGACAAGGAGUUCCCUAACUUCUUUGAAUCGCGCCCCCUUUCGACCAUAAAAAAAAUCCGCGCCCUCCUCCUCCAGUCCAGAUAUUUUUUGGUCGUAUCGAGCAGUCUGGAAUGUAUUCGUCGCAGGUUUUAUAUUACUUAACUACACAGAUGGCCCGCGCCCCCCUUAAAAGUCUCCCACUUUGGGAACCCCUGGACCAGACCAUGUUAGUUUUAGUUAGAUUAAAAAUAUUUUAUAGAUAAGGCUUAUUUUUUACGGAUAUUUUGUAAAAAGAUAUUUGCUCAAAUAUAAAA